UCAGGUCACCAUAAUGGACAUUUUAACAUUUGAUAAGGAGAACUGUGAGCGUAUCCAGGCGGUGGAGAAUUCAUUUGGUCCAUCAGGGAGUCCCCUAUCCAAACCAGGUCGGAUUUUGAUGGGAGAGGGCCACCUGAUAAAGCAGGGUCGUCGGAAGCCUGAGCCUAAGGUUUUCUUUCUCUUCAACGAUGUGCUGGUGUAUGGAAGCAUCAUUCUGAACGGCCGCUGGUACAAAAAACAGAAGAUCAUCCCUUUGGAGGACAUCAAGCUGGAGGACAUGGAGGACGGUGUGAAACUGAAGAACCAAUGGCUGAUCCGUACACCACGCAAGUCCUUUUUUGUGUCUGCCGCUUCAUACGAAGAGAAGCAGGCCUGGAUUGAGCACAUCGAAGAAUGUCGGACAAGCCUGCUGCAGGGAGGCGGCCUCCAACCCGGGUCCAACUUUGCCAAUUCCUGGAUCCCAGACCAGGCCGCCUACAAAUGCAUGUGCUGCUUCAAAAAGUUUACCGCGACCAACCGUAGACACCACUGCAGGAAAUGUGGCUUUUUGGUCUGCAAUAAGUGCUCCAGACAUCGAGCACUGAUAGACCACAUUCACCCCACUAAGAAACUGAGGAUCUGCAAUCUCUGCCACAAGGACAAGGAAGAUGACACGUCUCGCCUGAGGGGAGACAGCACUGGAAAGACUAGCUCAGAGGAGGAAGACGUGGCAGCAUCCAGUGAUGAAGAGGAGGAAGAGGAGGUGAUUCAGAGCCACACUCAAAGCAGCUGGCUGGACUCCCGGUUGCGCACUUGGGGAAACACGAGCAUCUAUGUUUAUCCAAAACCAAUGCACCUGCGGCCCUAAAACAUAAUCACAUGGAGACUGCUGCAGCCUCUCGGACAUAACGGAUGUUCACCAUCAUUAAGGGUCAUGAAGUGCAAUGUAACAAAGAGUUUUAGACUUUUGAAUGGAUUCAAAUGACACAACGCUGAUCCAGCUGCAUAUUGGAAGUCGAUAGAGAAAAUGUUUUUAAAAAUAAUCAUGUAUUGUGUUUGUACUUAUUUACUGCUGUCAUUAAUGUACUUUCUACACAGUACUUGCACUUGGCACCUUUAUUUUCUUAUCAUAUGAUGUCAGAGGAAGAAGAGUUUAUUCUACUGUGUGUGUGUGAGUGUGUGUGUUAUUUUCUUGCUAACACGUGAAAAAAGGAUUUGCACUGAAUAGCUGCUCUUACAUAUGUAUUGGAAAUGAUCUAUGAACAAUAAAUCUGUCACCUGUCACAAAACAA